UGAAGCCACUACGAUUACCCUAAAGAGAAGGGCUUAUAUAUACGGCGGGGUGCGAGGCCGGAGGGAUAGAAGCGGCAGUGUCGUUAUAUUCCUCGCGGCUGUCCUUUACUCUCCAGCGUCGCCCGGCGUCGUCUUUGGAUCCGAAAUCAAGGCGGAGGCAUACGAUCGGCUCCAUGGCUCUGAUUUUGCAUGCUGGCAACGCAAACAAGAAUGCUUUCAAGGCACUAAUUGCAGCUGAAUACAGUGGGGUAAAGGUUGAACUGGUCAAGAAUUUCGAAAUCGGUGUUUCAAAUAAAACUCCUGAGUUUCUUAAGAUGAACCCUUUAGGGAAGGUUCCUGUACUGGAGACACCUGAUGGUCCCAUUUUUGAGAGUAAUGCAAUAGCGCGCUAUGUUACCCGCUUGAAGGCUGACAAUCCUCUUUAUGGUUCUUCACUUAUCGAAUAUGCCCGAAUUGAGCAAUGGAUUGACUUUGCAUCGAUGGAGAUUGAUGCAAAUAUUGCACGAUGGUUAUAUCCAAGACUGGGAUUCCUUCCAUUUGCUGCUGUGGCAGAAGAAUCUGCAGUUUCUGCUUUGAAGAGAUGUUUGGGUGCUCUAAACACCCAUCUAGCCACAAAUACUUAUCUUGUUGGCCAUUCUGUGACUUUGGCUGAUAUUAUCAUGACAUGCAACCUGUAUAUUGGAUUCAUCCGAAUCAUGACCAAGAGUUUUACGUCAGAAUUUCCUCAUGUUGAAAGAUACUUCUGGACUAUGGUUAAUCAACCAAAUUUCCCAAAGAUAUUGGGGGAGGUAAAACAGGCAGAUUCAGUUCCACCGGUUCAGUCACAGAAGAAGCCUGCACAACCUAAAGAGUCUAAGCCAAAGGAAGCUAAGAAAGAAUCCAAGAAAGAGCCUGCAAAGCCUAAGGUACAGGAGACUGUCGAGGAAGAAGAGGCACCCAAGCCUAAAACAAAAAAUCCUCUUGACCUGCUGCCACCUAGUAAGAUGAUAUUAGAUGAGUGGAAGAGGCUGUACUCGAAUACAAAGACCAACUUCCGUGAGGUUGCCAUUAAAGGUUUCUGGGAUAUGUAUGAUCCAGAGGGCUACUCUUUAUGGUUCUGCGAGUACAAAUAUAAUGAUGAGAACACAGUCUCGUUCGUGACCCUAAACAAGGUUAGUGGAUUCCUGCAGCGUAUGGACUUGGCGCGGAAAUAUGCGUUUGGCAAGAUGCUUGUAAUUGGCUCCGAGCCACCAUACAAGGUCAAGGGACUUUGGCUCUUCCGAGGACAGGAGAUCCCACAAUUUGUGCUUGAUGAGUGCUAUGACAUGGAGCUUUAUGAGUGGACCAAGGUGGACAUUACCGAUGAAGCACAAAAAGAGCGGGUAAAUGCAAUGAUUGAGGAUCAGGAGCCCUUCGAGGGUGAAGCCUUGUUAGAUGCCAAGUGCUUCAAGUAAUCUCUGUUCGGCUUUCCAUUGUUAGAUCUUCUAUUUUGCUCUUUUCAUGCAGUAGCUGGUGCCUUCGUUCUGGUUAUCGUAUUAGUUGCUGGUUACAAGUUUUUCCAUAUUCGGGUCCUGCUUGAUAUUUGAGUUUUGCCACAAAGAAAAAAAAAAAAGAAAAAAGAAAAAAGACUUAAUUUGUUUGGGUGGAUGUUUUUCCUCUUUUGAGGAUCGUUAAAUUGGGAUCAUGAUGCCUAUUAUUUAUGUCGACUCUGUAGGGAAAGAAUACUUUUCAUGUCGAGAUAUGCUAGUUUGUUGAAAGCUGUAUGCUGAUUGUAUUAUUUUAACAGGUUUCAGGUCUUUUGGUCCCCA